AUGGCUCAAACCAAAUACACCCAAAUCGAACUCCUCAGCGCAAAAGGCCCCGUCUACCGACGGGUCUCUACGGCCCCCCCACGCACUCCCACAGAGGAUGAAAUUCCGAUCAUCGAUCUAAGCCCCAUCGAUGGGACCCUGGAAAUGCAAAAGGAGCUCGCGUCGAGGAUCCGCGCCGCGGCGAAGAAUACCGGUUUCUUCUACAUCACGAAUCACGGUAUACCGGAAGAGCUGAUCCAGAAGGCACUUGCCCAGGCGAAGGCGUUCUUCGGGCAGUCUGAGGAGGAGAAGCAGAGGGUCUCGAAUCGAGAGGCUGGGCGUGCGGGUGGGUUUCAGGGCGUGGGGAGUACGCAGGUGAAUAAGACGGAGACGAGAGACCACAAAGAAACAUUCUCAAUCCGAUAUAACCCCGUCAAUGACCCGACCAUCUCUGAUCCUCAGAGUCUUCUCCUUUCCGGGAACCCUAAUAAUGCGUACGGAAAGCCAGACGUCAUCUGGAAAGGAACCAGCCAUCUCCAGGGCUUCCGUGAAGUCACCAUCGAAUUCUGGCAGAAACGCCUCGAACUCGCGCGGAAGAUGGUCAGGCUCUUUGCCCUUGCCUUGGAUCUUCCGCGGGAUCAUUUUGAUAGUGUCAUCACCCACCCUGGGGCAGAUGGGGUUUAUAUCCACUACCCCGGUACACCGGAUAUCGACACCACCAACCGCAACAAGGAUAAAGGAAUAGACGUCGGUAUCGGUUCUCACACCGAUAUCCAGUGUGUCACCCUGCUGUGGCAGGAUAUGUCCGGUGGCCUGCAGGUACUCUCUGCCGAUGACGAAUGGCUCGAUGCCAGACCCAUAGAGGGAACAUUGGUUGUGAACAUUGGGGACUUUCUGCAACGACUGUCGAACAAUACGUUCAAAUCUACCGUUCAUCGUGUCUAUAACAGGAAGAGCACCUCACGGUAUGCGAUGCCGUUCUUCCUUGGCUUUAAUCCGGAGUCGGUCUGUGAGGUUGUGCCGACGUGCAUUGAUCAGGAGCAUCCUGCUUUAUACGAGCCUAUUUCAUGUGGGGAGUGGCAUCAUAGACGACUUGCACUGGCGGAAAAGAAUGCUGCGGCUGCCUGA